AUGAUUAACCAGUCGAAAUGGGGUCUGCUCAGGGCCUUGGACAGCCGAUAUAUCUACGGUCGUGUGCCUCUGCUACAUGCCAUCAUAUUCCUCAUCGAGAUCGCCGUGACCAUGAGGCUGAUAGCCAAAUUUAAUACGUACUAUGCUCAGAAUCCCGUUCUGACAACAAUGGUGACGAAUGCUGUUUUGGGUGGAAUAGCGGACACGGUUGCACAGUCGAUAUCCGCCAUAAGUGCCAGAUGCAAGGAACUACCGAGGCACCGGGAUACAACCAGCUUCAUCUCAAUUGAUUUGCAAGACUUGGAGAAGGAAAAACCACCGGCUGUGGGAGAACUGAAUUUCUACAGAAGGCGGCCUGCUCCGUUUGACUUUGAGAGACUCACUCGCUUUAUGGCCUAUGGCUUCUUCAUGGCGCCCAUCCAGCACCGGUGGUUCAGCUUCUUAUCCCACAUAUUCCCGGUGACCCAGUCCCAUGCAACCAUUCCAGCAUUAAAGCGUGUUGCGAUGGACCAACUCAUCUUUGCUCCAAUCGGUCUGGCGUGUUUCUUCACCUUUAUGACCGUGGCAGAAGGGGGUGGCCGUCGUGCUCUGUCUCGUAAAUUCGAAGACGUCUAUCUUCCAACCCUGAAGGCUAAUUUCGUGCUCUGGCCAGCCGUGCAAAUCAUGAAUUUCCGUUUAAUUCCUAUUCAGUUCCAGAUCCCAUUCGUGUCCUCGGUCGGGAUUGCCUGGACUGCUUACUUGUCACUAACUAACUCUGCCGAGGAAGAGUAA